AUGGCACCCACGCCCUGCGCCCUGUGCAAGACCAACCGCGCCCUCAUCCUCCGUCCAAAAGACCACUCCAAACUCUGCAAAACGUGCUUUAUUCGCGUCUUCGAAACCGAAACCCACCACACCAUCACCUCGAAUGCGCUUUUCCACCGUGGCGAAAGAGUCGCCAUCGGGGCCUCUGGUGGAAAAGACAGCACCGUCCUCGCAUCCGUCCUCAAAACUCUGAACGAGCGCUACGACUAUGGGCUGGAUCUGAUAUUACUGAGUAUUGAUGAGGGUAUCAAAGGGUACAGAGAUGAUAGUCUGGAGACGGUCAAGAGGAAUGCGGAACAGUACGGCAUGGACCUGACGAUUCUGGGGUACAGUGAGCUGUAUGGGUGGACUAUGGAUCAGGUUGUCGAACAGGUGGGGAAGAAGGGGAACUGCACCUACUGUGGCGUAUUCAGAAGGCAGGCGCUGGACCGUGGCGCGGCGAGGUUGGGAGUGAAGCAUGUAGUCACUGGACACAACGCCGACGAUGUUGCGGAGACCGUACUGAUGAAUUUGCUCAGAGGUGACCUCCCCCGUCUAUCGCGAACCACCUCCAUCGUCACAUCAACACCCUCCGCUAUCGCCGAUCCAAAGUCAAACACGAACAUCAAACGUAGCAAGCCUCUCAAGUACGCUUACGAGAAGGAAAUCGUCCUCUACGCGCAUCACAAGAACCUCGACUACUUCAGCACGGAAUGCAUAUACUCGCCCGAAGCCUUCCGCGGUAGCGCCCGCGCUCUCAUCAAGAACCUCGAACGUGUACGACCAAGCGCAAUUCUCGACGUAGUCAGGAGCGGCGAAGACAUGGCCCGCCUUGUACCCGGAAGCGACGAAGGCUGCGGCGGCAUAUGCUCCAGCAACAUCCCAGCCGCAGAGGAGGAAGAGGGCGGAUGCGGGAGCGCAAACGGACGCACCACAGGCGGCGAAAUGGCCACAGUCGAAGCCCAACUCGCGCAGAACGAAACCGCCACGGAGAACGGCCUCGAAGUAGAAAUCACAGCGCGCAACAUCACCGGGAAAGACAAGCCACACGGACAACACAACAGCAACUUCGUCCCUUCAUCCGGCAUCAAAACGGCGAGAAAACACAUCACACCCCGCAAAACAACAAAGCAGGUCAUGGGCCAGUGCAAGAAGUGUGGAUACCUCUCCAGCCAAGACGUCUGCAAGGCAUGCAUGCUGCUCGAAGGCCUCAACAAGAGCAGACCGAAGAACAGCAUCGAAGUGGCGUACGACGGACAGGAAACGCACCAUGCGGGCGUGAAGGGCAUCACGGAAGGCAUGAAGGGUGCGACGAUCGGAGGAGACUGA